UUGGGCCCCAGGCGCCAAAUUUUAAGAUGACGCCAGCCACCAGGCGUCAGAAUGGUAGAAUCUUAGAAAAUCGUAAAAUAGUUAUUUUAUAUCAUUGUCAUGAAAAUUUUUAUAUUAUUAUCAUGUCAAAAUCAUAGACCUACUUCAUCAUACUAUGUACCAACUACACAAAAUUGAUUACUGAUAGCCUGCCAUGUGUAAUACUCAAGUUGGUAGUAGUGACUUACUGACUUUUAGACUUUGGUAGUUUGGUACCAAUCGUGUUAUUGAGUAUUGACUAUUGUUAUUAUCAUUUUUGUUAUUGUUGCCUGUUGGCCGUUGGCCUAUGCAUAUUAAUAUUUUUACUCUUUAGUAUGUUAUACCUAUGCCUAAUGCUCUGUAUUGCAGUAUCCAGUCUUGAAUAAGGUAAAUAUUUGUAUUUUGAUUAUUAUUUUCAGUUCUAAUAUUAACGGUAUUAUUAUUUAUUAUCAAAUGUAAUUUUUAUUCUGCGUACUGAGCUUAUGGAGCUUUUAUUGUUCUUAUUGCCCAUCUUAUUUUUUUUAAGCUUGUUAGUCGCUUGUAAACGCGGCGAUGGUUUAUAGUAAAAAGCUUAGUGGAGCAGAAAACCGAAAACGCUCACAUGCAAAAAGUGAAGCUCAAGCCAAAAUUAUUUCAAAAACUGCUAAAUUACAAACAUAUUUUAGGUGCCCAGAUAGACAGCCUAACCAAAUUGAAAAUGAAUUAAAUAAUACAAGCAAAAAUGAUCAUAGCUGUACUGUUAAGGAAGAUAAUCUAUCUAAUCCAGACGAUCUAAUUUUAUCAAAUAACAGCAGUACCGAAACUAGUAAAACUCAAUUGUCUACAGAAUCUAAAGAAAUAAAUAAUACACCAACACCAUGUUUGUCCAUGAACGAAGAUAACAGUCUUCUUAAAAAAUUUAUCAUUCCUGAAAAUGACCCUGCCAAUUGGAUGAAAAAUCAAGAGACGAUAGAUUAUUUAUCAAUAAAUGGAUUCAAUCAAAAUUUGGAGAACAAUAAUUUCCAUAAAUCAAAAAGAACUUAUAAUCGAAUAAUUGGUGGUGUUAGACAUACUCGUUUUCGAUAUUUGUCAAAAAAAAGUAAAGGAUCAAUAUUUUGUGCACCCUGCUACUUAUUUGGUGGUACUACAUCGUUUGCCACAGUUGGCUUAUCAGAUUGGAAAAAAGGAGAAGAAAAAAUUAAGCAUCAUGAAAAUUCAAAAAACCACAAAUUGUGUGUAAUUAAAAUGAAAGAGAGAGGAGAAGUAUUAAAUCAAAUUGAUCAAAAGCUGAAGUAUCGAGUAGAAAUGGAAAAAAGUUAUUGGAAAAAUGUAUUGACUAGAGUUGUAGCUGUUGUUAAAUCACUUUCUUCUCGUGGACUGUCCUUUAGAGGUGAUGAUGACCAUUUUGUAUCUGUUCAUAAUGGGAACUUCAUGAUGAGCUUAGAGCUUAUUGCUCAAUUUGAUCCUUUUUUAGCACAGCAUAUUGAAAAGUUUGGCAAUAAAGGAAAAGGUUCAACAUCAUACCUAUCUUUAAAUAUAUAUGAGCAGUUCAUAAGUAUAAUGGCAGAUAAUGUUUUACAACAAAUGGUAAAAGAAAUAAAGGAAGCUAAAUAUUUUUCCAUCAGGUUUUUACCCAAUUCUGGUCAUAAAUCUGAAGAAUUAGCAGAUGCUGUAUUUUUAGUUUUAGAUUCGCAUGGAUUAGAUAUAAACAACUGCCGUGGUCAAAGUUACGACAAUGCAUCUAACAUGUCUGGUAUGUAUACAGGACUUCAAGCUCGCAUUAAAGAAGUUAAUCCUUUAGCUACAUUUGUACCAUGCUCGGCACACAGUUUAAAUCAUGUUGGUGAAUGCGCUAACAAUUUAACUAAAACAGAAAAUGUGUCACUUAAAAAACUAUCAGAUACCAGGUGGUCAGCAAGAUCUGGUGCAAAAAAAUCAAUCACAAGAUCAGAAGCUAAUGGACUAUAUUUAAAAUUAGACUGUCUUGAAACAGCUAUUAUGGCCACAUUAUGGGGUGAUAUACUAGAAAGAUUCAACAAAACUAGUAAACAAUUGCAGUCAGUUGAGAUUGAUUUAGAAACAGUGAGAGAGCAAUUAAUAAAUCGGGACACAAAACAUAUCAAGAAAUACGCAAAAGAAAAAGAAAAUUAA